UGUACUUUUAAUACCCGUAAAUAGAACUUAUUUGUAAGAUACACUGUAGUAUAAACAACAACAAUCUUCUGUUAAUAACUUUCUGCCGGGCUAUUGUACUUGAAUGACGGUUCACCUCUCAUACAAAAUGUUUUUGUGGAUUAAAUAAUUACAUUUAAUGAGAUUUCUUUAAAAACAAUAGUAAUUCUUACACGCUUGACACAUAAUAAUGCAGUACAUCUGUGGGAAAGUCUAAGUUGUAAGGAAGUUGUAAGAUUUGGGGGUAAAAAAAAAUCGAAUUUGUUGCUUUGCUUUUGUCCCUCGUGGCUUUCUAUAGAUGAGGUUGCCUAGAAACGACAGCAACGUCUAUGGUGGAGAUGGAAAAGUACGAAAAAAUCAAAGUCGUUGGAAGAGGAGCUUUCGGUAUUGUCCACUUGUGCCGGCGGCGUAGCGAUGGAGCCUUUGUCAUCUUGAAGGAAAUCCCGGUGGAGCAGAUGUCUCGAGACGAACGUCUGGCAGCUCAGAAUGAGUGUCAGGUUCUAAAACUGCUUAACCACCCAAAUAUCAUUGAGUACUACGAGAACUUCCUGGAAGACAAAGCUCUCAUGAUAGCCAUGGAGUACGCACCAGGUGGAACUCUGGCAGAUUACAUCCAAAAGCGCUGCAACUCCCUGCUCGACGAGGACACAAUUCUUCACUUCUUUGUACAGAUCUUAUUGGCUUUGUACCAUGUCCACAACAAGCUCAUCCUGCACCGGGACCUGAAGACUCAGAACAUUCUACUGGACAAGCACCAGACCAUCGUCAAAAUUGGUGACUUUGGCAUCUCGAAAAUUCUUGUCAGCAAAAGCAAAGCCUACACUGUAGUUGGAACUCCCUGCUACAUUUCACCAGAGCUUUGUGAAGGAAAACCGUAUAACCAGAAGAGUGACAUCUGGGCCCUGGGAUGUGUGCUGUAUGAGCUAGCCAGCUUGAAGAGAGCCUUCGAAGCAGCAAAUCUGCCUGCCCUGGUUCUGAAGAUCAUGAGCGGAACAUUUGCUCCGAUUUCAGACCGGUACAGCCCAGAGUUGCGACAGCUCAUCCUCAACAUGCUCAAUCUGGAUCCCUCCAAACGGCCUCAACUCAACGAAAUCAUGGCUCUGCCCAUAUGUAUCAGACCUUUGUUCAACCUCUACACUGAUAUAGGCAAUGUUAAAAUGCGCAGGAUAGAAAAACCAUUGUCCACUGUGCAAACUUGUUCUCAAGGAAGGCCGGGAGGCAGAGUUCCUACCAACAGGUCCAGAGAUGAUGCAGUUGGUCUUGGACCAGGGAAGGUUCACUCCCUCCCUCUGUCUUCAGUAUACACAUGGGGAAGUGGCAUUUCUACGCCCCUACGAUUGCCAAUGCUCAACACAGAGGUGCUUCAGGUGUCACUGGGCCGCACACAGAAGAUGGGCAUCACCAAGUCAGGUCGUCUGAUAACAUGGGAGGCUCCAUCUGUGGGAUCCGGUGAAACAAGUCAUUUUGGUGUCGUAGACCAGAUGCAGCCUCAGUUUGUGUCUCGUUUCCUGGAGGGUCAGUCUGGAGUAACCAUCAAGUCUGUGUCCUGUGGAGAUCUGUUUACCACCUGCAUGACAGACAGAGGCAUCAUCAUGACCUUUGGCAGUGGGAGCAAUGGCUGUCUUGGACACGGUAACUUCAAUGAUGUAACCCAGCCCAAAAUCGUGGAGGCCCUGCUCGGCUACGAGCUGGUUCAGGUGUCAUGUGGUGCCUCCCAUGUUGUCGCUGUGACCAAUGAAAAGGAAGUAUUUGCCUGGGGAAGAGGAGACAAUGGUCGUCUUGGGCUGGGCAACCAACAUACCCACAAUUCUCCCCAACAGGUCUGUUUACCUGUAGAAUUUGAGGCCCAGAGAGUAGUCUGUGGAGUGGACUGUACCAUGAUUGUCAGUACACAGUACAAGAUUGUGGCCUGUGGAAGCAACAGGUUCAACAAGCUUGGCUUGGAUAAGAUCACAGUGGGAGAUGAACCUCUUCCUUCACAUCAGGUGGAAGAAGUUCAUUCAUACGCUCCUGUUCAGACAGCUCCACUGAACAGUGAGAAGAUUGUGUACAUUGACAUCGGAACGGCCCACUCUGUAGCUGUCACAGAGGCAGGACAGUGUUUUACCUUUGGCAGUAACCAGCACGGCCAAAUGGGCUGCGGCUCUCGUCAUAGCAGCCGUGUUCCGUACCUUGUCCCGGGCUUGCAGGGCAUCACCACUGCUGCCUGUGGAGACGCUUUCACCUUGGCCAUUGGAUCUGAUGGGGAGGUGUACACAUGGGGAAAAGGUACCAGAGGCCGGCUGGGUAGGAAAGAGGAGGAUUCUGGGAAACCAAAGGCAGUGCAGCUGGAGGAGAGCCACCCAUUCUCUGUGACAUCAGUAGCUUGUUGUCAUGGCAACACCCUACUUGCAGUAAAACCAUUGCUCGAGGAUCCAGUCCAAAGAUAAUUUCCUCUCCAAAAAAAAAAAAAA